AUGUCUCUCAACCAUGACAUUAUUCACGCUGUCUGCACCCACCUUCCCCCCUCCUCUGUUGUCAAAGUUGCACAAACCUCCAAGACCAUGUACGAAGUUGCUAUGCGCCCAGCAUUGGCCACCGUCCACCUUCAAGAGUGGUACAACAAAAACAAAACCGAUGCUCUAGCAUGGGUGCAGUGGCUCGUUUCCAUCCAUCCCUACCUUCCCUAUCCUCCAUGCCACUACAUCAAGUCUCUUAUCACUCCUGAAAACCCCGAUCUCAUCCCCCAUUCAGUUCUCCAGAACCUCUUCAGCAGCUCACCAGGUCUCUCUGAGCUUGUGGUUCUCAACUCAGGAGAGAACCUCCACAUCAUCCACAUCUCCUUCAUUUCCAAUGUUGCCACACUCACUCCCCUCCUCUCCAAACUUCCCCGUCUCUCCUCCCUGUCUGUGUCUCUCCAGGAUGGCACCAUCCCAUCCGACAUUACAGCUGAAGACUGGGGGAUUCUUCAUUCCUUCAUCCUCUCCCUCUCCAAAGUCACCCAACUCUCUUCCCUAUCCUUGUCAGGAUAUAGGAGCGAGUACGUGCAGGCUCUUGAGUCUGAGUUGGCGGAUUGGAUGGCCAUUGAGACACUUGGUGUUCAGUCUCCUCUUUUAGACCUCAACCAUCUCAAGUCCCUUGAACUCUUCCUGUGGGCUCACCCUUUGCCCCACCUUCGCACCAUCGACAUCGACUUCAACCUCGAUCCAGAUUUCCAAUAUGUUGAUAACGACAACAACCGUUCCUUCUCCCAUAUCGACUCCCUCCGAUUUGAUGAGACCUGGUUCAUCCCUUCCACACAUGCCGACUACCAGGGUGGGGAGUUGCCUUUCAAGAUUCUCAAUCAUAUCAAGUCCUUAGCCUCCCUUUCCUUCAUCGAACUCUGGUGGGAGGACUAUGGAGAUUCCCUCACUGUCCCAUGCGAGAUGCUUACCAGAGCAGUGGAGCUCAACGUCAGGUCUCUGACUAUCAAGAAGUUUUGGAAUCACAGUCAAUGUGCUUUUGAUGUGCUUUUGGUCACUCUGACUCGGAGGUUCUCUCCAGUUCCUCUCAUCCAUCUCAGCAUUGGCUUUUCUCUGGACAGGCUGUUUGAAGGGCUCAACAUGGACAGUGGCACUGCUUGCAAGAAGUUGGCUGAGGCACUAGCCAAAGCCAUCCCCACUCUAGAGGUUCUGCAGCUGCAGAUUGUUGACCUGGAGGAAGACGAAGAAGAGGAAGAGGAAGAAGAAGAGAAGGUCAAGGAACAGGCCAAUGUAUGGUGGAGAAUCAAGCGUCAGGAUGAGGUCAUUCACUUGGAAGAGAUCUGGAGUGAUGUGGGAGAGGCUGCAGUGGGUUUGAUUCAGAGCAAGUCCUUCAGACUAGAGGAUCUCACAGAUCUAUUUGGUAGGAGUGGUAUCUACUACAAGUUGUAA